GUUAGAAAUGAAUUUCAUCAUCUUCAGAUCAGAAUACUUUCUUUCGGUUCAGAAAACUUGAAGAAAAGGCAGUCAUGAGUCUCUCUCUGGAGGAGACAUGUCCGUGGUGAAGGCUUUCUGGGACAAAGUGCACCUGAAGGCCGAUGAAGUCGGAGCUCUGGCUAGGAUGCUGACCGUUUACCCGCACACCAAGACUUACUUUUCACACUGGUCUGACCUGAGUCCCGAGUCUGCACAAGUGAAGAAGCAUGGCAUGGGAGCUGUUGGAGACGCCAUCGGACACACUGAUGACCUCAUGGACGCGGUCGCCGACCUCAACGAGCUGCAUGCCUUCAAGCUCAGGGUGGACCCCGCCAGCUUCAGGUUCCUGGCCCACAACAUCAUCGUGUGUUUGGCCAUGUACUUCCCCUCAGACUUCACUGCAGAGGCCCACGUCUUCAUUGACAGGUUCCUUCAGAACCUGUCUUUUGCUCUGUCCGAUGGAUGCCGCUAAGCAGCAGCGAUCCAGGAGCGUCCACUGCACAGCUGCAUGCGGCACGUCCUCCACAACAAGGUCAAGAUCCCUUUUAAAUGGAAGGGCUUGUGAAUCAAUCGCAUAAAUAGGAAAAAUCCCGGUGCCUGUCCCUUAUUUAUUAAAACAAGCAAAUAAAUAAAUGGGCUGUUUUAUAUGA